CCCCCGGGCCACCGGAGGCUCUUUGGUUAGUUUAAAUAAGCUCUAAAAUGACCUCCUUGCCCAACCCCUCUGACGAAUCCCCAAGGCUCUUUGUGCUUAAUAUUUGUCGGUAAAGCACUAUAUUUAUGAUAUAAACUGAUAAAGUUUAUAAAAUGGCACUAUUAUAAUGACAAUACCGCAAUAUUUUCUGACAUAUACUUAAAAAAAUCGCUAAAAUGUGAGUUUAUGUAACAUGCACCUUCAGUUUUAUUUCAAGAAGUUUGAUAAAUAGUUGCGUCGCAAUUGAGAAGGUGCAGCGUUAAAUGCUUCUUGAAAACUCAAUUUAAUGUAUAAUAGAUUGAGUUGAGGAGACAGCGUCUCUAUUAAAUUUUUCUAUUAAAAUGGUCAAAUUUAUAAUUCAAUAAUUAAUGAGAGCCUUGGCCAUAAGACACUUGUAAUAGUAUAUAACAUUAUUUUUAGUUUUAAAGGCUCCUUAGGUGGGUCUCUAGGCUCCAUGCUAAUCCUUGAGGUUUAUUUAGUUUCCUUAUAAGCAUAUUACAGUUUCAUUUAUCAAAUAAUGAAGAAUAUAAAAUAUUCAUGCUGAUUUUGUAUAAUUCAGUAACAAUACUGUUAACUAAUUAUUAUUGCUUCAAGGAAAUUGAUAACAGAGCCGUGCAUAUGCAAUAAUUAGUAUACAGAAAUAACCUUUUAUAAUCCAUUGUUCUUAGGUUAAGAUUGCAUUGGAUUUUUUGGCAGAAUACCGCUAGAAUGCCUUUAAAGGGAUAAGUUAAAUUUUAUCACCUCAUCUACAAUGAGUAAAGAUGAUUUUGAUAUAUUCCGUCACCUGUCUAAGCCAGAAAAGGCUACCAGUGCCCUGGAUCUUUUAUCGGGCCUCCAUGACAGACAAAGGGGAAAUGCCAAUAAAAAAAUUAGUCAUAAUGAAAACCUUGGACUAUUUGCCGAAGAUCAGCUUGUUAGGAAACAGGACCUUAAGGAGAUGCGUUGUGAAAUGCCGGGUCACCCAAGAUCAACCUUCCUCAUGGUGUUCAGUCCCGACGGUAGACGAUCCGCAUCAACUCACGGCAACCACAGCAUUUACGUUACCGACCUAAGAAGCGGUAAAAACAUUAAAACAUUGGUGGGUCAUCCGCGCACCCCUUGGUGUAUCGCUUUUCAUCCUACGUCUGAUCAAAUCGUCGCGUCGGGCUGUUUGGGCGGUCAAGUGAGGAUAUGGGACUUGAGUGGUGGCAGUGAAGUUUGGACGACGGCUACAGAAUCGGUUAUAGCUUCCAUAGCCUUUCAUCCUAACGAUAGAAUUCUAGUUAUAGCCACGUUGAAUGAAGUUUACUUUUGGGAUUGGAGCCGACCAGAGCCUUUUGUUCACGUUGCCACAAGCAAUCAGAAAGAAAAGGUGAGGUAUGUGGCGUUUGACAAGCUGGGUCACAAAUUAAUUACAGGAAUAGCGAAUAACCCGCAAACCAGAUGGGAAAGAGUGAGAGCUCCGGUACCGGUACCGAGACAAGAGAGAUCUGCGAGCCCUUAUCGACGAAGAAUUACCCAGAGAUUGGUGACUUCGGCUGGAAAUGUUCCAAGUGCGCAACCGCCGCUGACGCGACCUUCGCCCACACCAGAAGUAGAAAGUAGCUCAGCAAUACCGGAAAGGGAAAGGCGCAUAACGCAGUGCUACAGAAACUUAGUGCGUGAAUAUGAACUGUUGGUGCAUAGAUAUCUACAGUUGUACAGACCUCCUACUAUGAUUGACAGGGGCACAGACCCGAUGGAACCGAGUUAUUUAAACAGUGGCACCCAAACUGCUUCAAGUAAUAAUACUAUUAACGAAGAUCCAUCGCAGCCUGGACCGAGUGGUCUGCAGAACUCCAGAAAUGUGUUUUCGGAUCCCAUCAGAAACGAUCCAGGUCCAUCUUCGAGCACUCAAACGGAGCCUUCAAGCUCUCAUCAGUCGCAGCCACUCAUAACUCCGAGUAGAAUAUUCACGGUGAUAAGAAAACCGCCUAGUUCUAUACAAAGUACUCAGACCACCGAGUCUAGGAAGCAUAAAAGCGAAGUUGGCGAAUCUAGCAGGACUAACGAGAAAAGGUUUAAACGUAACGAUAAUGCACCUGCUUCUACGAGCGAGACUUCCCAGGAACCCAACCGAUCAGAAGAGGGAGGAACCGGUAGUACUGAGGACAGAACUCUAGUUGUUAAUUUAGAAAGAUUACCCACAGGGAGUAAUACCGAAACUUCGUCCCAAGAAGAGCCUCAAAAUUUAACCCGCUACAAACCAGAGAGAAAAUUCAAGAGACGCUUUUCGGAAAAUCUAAAUUUAGUAGGUUCCCAGCGCGACAAUACAAGGUACCCAAGGCCCCCUAGCGAAAUAAGCAAUAGCCAUAGCGAAAGAAUGGCGAUGUUAGCGUAUAUUAGAGCCAAUUGGCGUUAUCCGGGAGAUGCGAGAAAUGCGGCUAGGUCUCGUCGUGACAAUGCAUCAUUUGCCGGACAACCGGGGCCAUCUGGAGGCAGACGUCAUAGGGAAGCCGCCUCGCGUGGAAAUGCCGAACCAAACGCGCAGGACACCCCAAUAGAUUUAACGCAGCCAAGGAUCGCGGAAAACGAUCGACUAGAUGACAACCAAAGAGCAGAUGAUUCAACUGUAACUUCCGGGAGUACGUCCGGUUUAAACGAUGGGCAUCGUAGGCAAUUAGUUGAAGAGGUACUCACGAAUAUAAGACGGAUGGCCGAGGAGGUGGUUCGAAACAGAAUAUUACCGAUUAUUCGAUCGAUACCGCCCCCUGAUAGACCGGAAUUGAUAAGAUUGUUCGAGAAUAGUCGCGAACACGUCCGAAUGCGAAUGCGACUGCAGCAAAUGUGUCCGGUCUUUUUGCGUCGUCACUGUCGUCGCACUUUCCGGAUCGAAAGUUCGACCGACAGCAGCAGCUCCGACAACGACCACGACGGUGCGAGACUGAACUUACGCCCGUCGGAAUCGAAUAACGCGAAUACGGAGAGCGGGUCUUCGGGUCUAAACGACCCGGUGGUCCCACUACUGUCCUCGACCGGUUCACGUGCUGCAAGGAACUAUACCGCGGAACUCGAUCAGCUCAUCACGACAUUUCUGAACGAAAUCGAACCGAACGAGGGCGAAAAUUCGUCCGCCGAGAAUCUUUCGCAAUCGGGAUCGUCAAGUGCACGAACCAGACCGAGUAGAUACGGCGGCCAUCCGUGGUCCGGGGGCGUUAGUCACCCACCGGGUCCCAGUAUUGACAGUUUGAUGAGCAGAGAUGAACUGCGCACAGACAGAGAAGAAAUAGGGAGUAGUUCUAGAAGACCUGAAAAUCGUUCUCCCUGGUCGAACCUUCCCGCCUACUACAGAUGCCCGUACGACGACACAAGAAACUCGCACCAUUCAAAUCCAAGCCGUGACGCCACUCCGCGUGGAACCUUCGGAAACGCCGACACUCGCACCACGAAUUCGACCAUUUACACCUCAUCUUCGAAUGGCACCGGCCCGGCUCAGCGGCGCAGGUUCUUUUCCAGGCGGGUGUCCGCUUUUAUGCCCACCAGGGUAAACUACACGAGGUCGAGGUCCAGGUGGAAUUCCCACUACACCUGGGGCAGGGCCGGACUGCCAAGGUCUCAGCGCAACCAAUCGUACGUGUUGGACGAGCUGAUCAACUACUCGGAGCGGGAGAAUAGCGAGGACGAUCCACCUCCGCCUCCACCGCCGAUCGAACCGUAUCCUUAUGGGACGCCCUCGGAAUUUCCUCCGAUCACCGGGGAAAUCGGGACGAUGUAUACGAAUAUCCAGGAAGAUGUGCAGUUGUCUUGGAACGACGUGAGGAAUAUGAGAGCGCCGUCCGUUGCACCCUCGCAAAUUCCGUAUAUUUUAAGUAAUUUUUCUGAAAGGAUGGAAAACAUAACGAAUAUAUCCAAUAGGAUAUUAAGAAAUCUGAGAACGUCUAUUAAUAAUUUACCGACUACAGCUGCAGAAGGAAGUGCCAGAAGUAACGGACUCGGGGGCGAGUCCAGAUUGAAUUUUAACGAUCCCAGUUUUUACGUUAGGGAUCUUAGGACCGAGAUAAACAACCCGGAACCACCUCUACCUUCGACCAGCAGCACUCACGCAGCAAGGGCCCAAGACGUGACCGAUCAUUUGCACGCGGUAACGAGCGAUCACACCUACCCGUUAAAUCCGAACGACAGGCCGACCGCGGAAGACAACAACGAUCCAUCGGUGGCCAACCAUCCCCUGUAUCUGAUCACGUCCCACAUUCAGAAACAGGCGAGUCUGCUACGAAACCGGGUGCAAAACAUCGAGGAGAUCGAUCGUGCGACGCGGGAAGUAUCGCAGCUGCAAAUUAUACGGCAGCUGGUUUCGGAGAUGGUGCGUUUCGUGCGUACCCUACCGAACGACAGCCGAAGCUCGGGCGUGUCCAGUGUCAGACAGAUGAUGGCCGGGACUAGGAUUAGCGAUUCGAGUCCUUACGAGUCGCCCAACGAGUCGGAGACCAGUCGUGGCCCGACGCAGGACGCUUCCAGACCGCAACCGGGUACCAGUUCGAGUUCGACUUCAAGUAUGGAUUUACCCGGUCCCAGUUCGGCGGGGGCGUCUUCUACUAGAAGAACUCCCACGAGGAAAACGUAUCCACCGUCAAGAUAUGUGCGGUUAUCCAGACAUUUCCAGAGGAGACCGGCCCUGGUGCAUUUAUUUUCAAAACGAUGCCCAAGCCGAUGCGAGAGAGGCGGGGUGCGACAUUUGCAGUGCCGAUUGGACUCUAGACCGCCGCUCUCUAGACUGACAACCUCCGGACAAACAUCCUCUGGACAGAUGUCCGCACUGAUAUCUCAGAUGCCCAAUUUUUCGAUCAUCAACUCGGCCACUUUGACCCUGAUGUCCAGAAGAUUGGAGCGAACCCUGACGGACCAGGUGCGCGCCUUUACGUGUGCCUCCCAGAACAAUGCAUCGACGUCGGGUUCCAACGACGGAACGACGACCCCGUCCGUGGACCUGCGGGAGCACAUGUUGGCCAUGAGACUGCACGGGUGCCUGCUCCGAAUGACGAGGGUCCUGGGGGAGGCGACGGGGGCGGAAAACCUGAGACGCCUCCGCAGCGAUCCGGUGACGCGCGACGGCGCCUCCAGGUACACGGCGAGGCACACCUUGAGCCUUGUCGUGGACGGUGUCACCCGAUUUAUGGAAGAAUUGGGCAGCGGCGGCAUCCCGAUCGCCUUAAGGACGCAGCUGCACGGCGUCUUUGCCAUGUUGCUCCUCUUGACCGAGUUGUUGCUCCUUCAAAUUGUCGAUUCCAUUCCGUCGGCCUCGGAAUUCAAUUUGGAUCCGUAUAAUUUAGUGGCGAGGGUCGAGACUAUUUAUACUCAAAUGUUGCAGGGCAGGUACAGCGAGGGAACAGCCGUAAUAAGCAGAAGUCUAAAAGUGAUGGGAAUGACCAUGCGAAUCGGGUAUAUGUCCUUAAACCAUAUAUACGAGGCGCGUAGAAGUGCCAUAAUGAGUCGCCAAGCGACGGAUAGAAGACAGUUACUGGGUAUAAUCGAUCGGUGUUUGAGGACCAUUGGCCGAAUGCAUAACCUAAAUAGUCAGGAGGCGGGCGGAAGUGGGGCUUCCACGAGCGGGGGAAUGUCCGACUAUAUAGACUCCUUUUAUAGCACCAUCAAUGACUUGAUCUCCCGGUAUUCCGAGAGGGACGAGGAAACGACCAGAAAUCAGCCGUCAACCUCCAGGGAGGCCAGAGAAAGGAGGGACGCGAUUAGUAGUAAUAAUAACAGCGAUACGGAUCAGGACGAACCCGACGACUCCCCAGAGCGAUUCCUUAACCGUAACGAAUCCUCGAACAAUCCGGAACGUUCCAGCUACACUCCCUCCCCAGGUUUCUGGCUUUACGCGACGUCGCAGUCGUCUGCCGCACCGCCUCCGCCCAAUCAACCGUCGAGUAGCGGCGCAGGCGGUAGCAGUAGUAACAGCGGCAACAACGUGUACCGCAGCCACCCUUAUAUCACGCUUGUGCCGCCCAGUCGGCGGUUACCCGCCGCGUCCGCGGCCGUCGAACCGCCCCCGGUCAACACGCUCGCGCCGCCCGCCACCGCCACUCGGCCCUGGAACAUUCCAUCGGUUCAAGUGAACGACGUGCCGGUUGCUUUCGAGCAGCGCAUGUUGUCACGACAGAACUUCGCCGAUACGUUUUCUCAGCUAAGAUCGAAUCCGCGAGUUGGUCUAUUUAGGCCGCGAUUCCUGCACCCGCUUUACGCGAGCGUAAAUCCGUUCGACGCGGACCUGGACGAUCUACAGCGCGAGCAAAUUUACGAUAGCGACAUGAUCACAACUGCAACCCCGAACCAUAGGAUUCAAGCGUGGGAGAUCUCGAAUUGGAUGGUGCCGACCAUCAGUAAUUCAUUGAAAAACGUCGUUGUAGGCGAGUGUAAAAUCCAUAACGACGCCAGCGUCGACAUAGCUACAGACGGGACGAUUUUAGUUACGCUGCUGCCGUCUGGUGGUUAUUUAAACGUAACCAACCGCUUAGGGGUAUACAGCUUACGCUGGGAAACUCUUGGCCAGUGUUUAUAUACGACGAGUUUCGAACAGAACGCAGUUUCCGUAUCUCUGUCACCAUUGAGCCGUCAUUUGGUGGUAGGGUUUGCUUCCAGAAGGGUUUCUAUAGUGCCGAGCGAUCGAUGGGUGAUGGCUCGGAUAUAUAAGAUCGAGCAAAAAGACGUUCCAGGCGACAGGCUCCCGGCACUAAGGGAAUUGGAACAGCACAGGGAGAGCAGGAUUAAUUGCAUCAGGUGGCUGCCUAGUUCCGGCCAGGGUUUGAUUUACGCCACCAAUACCGGUCAACUCGUUAUUUUAUCAUAAUUCUGAUCCCUUCAUUUGCUACUAGAUGUUGUAUUAAAGUUAUUGAUGCCCCCCCGCCCUAUUGUAGAUAUAGUGAGUAUUUCGGAGGAUAUUAUCAGAGGGGUUAUGACUAUACCUAGUGAUGUUCUGUAUAUUCUUGAGGGUUAGGUUUGAGUACAGGAUAUCGGUUUUGUAGGUUUUUUAGAUAGUGAGAUUUUUAAUAAUUUCUGUCGUCUAAUGACAGGCAUCUCAUGGAAGGACACUACUAUUUAUUUAAUAUUUCAUAGAUAAGUGUUUUGUAUUAUUCUCCUUUAUGGAAUUUAUUUUAAAGAGCACUGGUUAUUUUUUCUUUUUUAAUUUCUUGCUACAAUUUGGUCUUUUAUUUAAAAAAAAACAUAUUCAUCGCUUUAUAUAUUUUUUCUUAUGGUUUAAAUGCUAUUUUGGCGCAGCAUGAGGGAAAUCCCACUUUAAUAUGGCGAACAAAAAGUAUUAGAACCUACCUUGCCAGGGAUUUAUAAAUAAAUGAUUGAUUGAAA